UUCUGGCAUCACUGCUCUAUCGACUUUCCGAAACUCUACAAGUUCACGUAUGUACGCGUGAUUUGGUAUAGUUUAAGAGAGUGCCUUCGGUGCACUUCUGACAUCUCUGCGAUCGUUGCCCCGUAUAAAGUUCCGUUAUUUAUUUAUCAAGAAUUUUUAUGGAAUUUUCUAAACCAGUCAAACAAGAAGCCACGCAUUUUUACUCGAUUUUAAUACUACACCGAAGUUAAACUGAAGCGAUUUCCAGUACGCAAUUACGCAUGACUAAAAUCUCCGCCCCACCUGACUGUACUAGUCGUGAUAUUAAUAUAAAGUAUUCGCGUGUGUUCAAUAGAUUAUGGGGGACUCAAUGCAUAAAUAUAAUGAUCCUAAUCAAAGAAGUUAUACCGAAAUAUUUCAAGAGAAGCAGGAUGACGAAAAUAAACAAUCCGAAUCAUCGCUCCUUCAGACUAGCAUAGAAAAUAAAGCACUUAAGUUAUACAAGUUAAAUGAACCCAAAACACAUCAACCCACUUUGAUGAAAGAAAAACACAUAAAACUGUUAAAAGAGUCUAUACAUCAUCUUGAUAAAGAUUACGAGAAAUCUGAUUGUAGCAGAACAUGGUUAUGUUACUGGAUUUUACAUUCCCUCAAUAUAUUAGAUGCCCGUUUAGACAACAAUGUAAACUUACAAAUUGUUGGUUUUUUGGCCAAAUGUCAAUCACGGAAAGGAGGAUUCGGAGGUGGUCCAGGACUACUUCCUCAUUUAGGUUCUACUUAUGCAGCAGUGAAUGCAUUAUGUAGCAUUGGUAGUCUUGAAGCAUAUCAAGUAAUUAACAGGGUAACACUUAAAAAGUUUUUAUUAUCUCGACGACAAGAGGAUGGUUCUUUUAGUAUGCAUGAAGAUGGCGAAGUAGACAUGAGAGGAGUAUAUUGUGCACUCGCUGUAGCAUCACUGACAAAUAUAUACACUCGCGAAUUAUUUAAAGAUACAGCGAAUUUUAUACUUAAGUGCCAAACAUGGGAUGGUGGAUUUGGAGGUUACCCUGGAAUGGAAGCUCAUGGGGGAUAUACGUACUGUGCGAUAACAUCGCUUAGAAUGCUUGGAGAACUUAAGUACUGUCGUUUGAGACCACUGAUGAGAUGGUUAGUGAACAGACAAAUGAGCCUAGAGGGUGGGUUUCAAGGACGUCCUAACAAACCAGUAGACGCUUGUUAUUCAUUUUGGCAGGGUGCAUGUUUUCCAAUAAUUGACGAAACAUUCAGAAACCUAUAUAAAUUAAAUUCUGAUUAUUGGUUGUACGAUCAAAAGGCCUUGCAAGAAUUUUUACUAUUUUGCUGCCAGUUUUUUCAUGGUGGCAUGGCAGAUACACCUGGAGACAAAUCAGAUAUCUAUCAUACAUGUUAUGGGCUUAGCGGAUUAUCAAUUGCACAGAUGUCUCCACAACCACUGAUUAUUGGGACUACUCUCCAAAGUAUGUUGAAACUGAUUCAUCCUUUAUAUAAUUUAGAACAUACUUGGGCAACCAGAGCAAUAAGUUACUUUAAGCAAAAUCCAAUAUCUUAGUAACUAUGUGUUUUAUAUUUGAAGUGCAUUAAUAGAGUAACAAGUGUUUCUAUUCCAUUUUUGGGAAAAAAAUUGAAAGGGACAGAUUCUAUUUCACUUCGUAUAUAAAUUUACCAACAAAUUGUGAAUAUAAAGUUACUUAUCAAUAAAAUUAAGAAUUACGACAAUUCAAUCAGAAAUUUUUAUAAUCAUACUAUACCAACAUUUUGUAGAGUAUGUGGGAAAAUAAUGAACUAAAUUUUUAUUUAUUUAAUUUCAACCUAACCUAUCCUG